GCUCCUUUUCCCAUUUUGAAAAUGAAAACCCUUUUUUCUUUUACUCAUUUUCUUUUUAAGUUUGGCAUGGAUUUGUUGAGGAAUAAUAAUUAAUUGGGUUGGUGUCAAUGUUUCCAAUGAUAAGGAAGGAGUUUGGUUUUUAUUAAGUUAAGAGGGGGAAGGACGAUAUCUCUUGGGAUUGGUGUUUUUGUGUUUGUUUUUUUGUCUUCCUCUCCUCUCCCCCACACCUCCAACCCAAUGUCUUCUUCGAUCACGCGCAUUCCAUCUUCACUUGCCACCAUUUCCCUUCUUCUUUCAGGUAAUCUUCCUUUCUUUCAUUCCCUGCUUCCUGCUUCUUCUUCUUCUUCUCUGCUACUUUUACUUGAUCAUCAUCUCCAAUCAUUUGUUCUGACUCAAAAACAUAAAAGGACUCCAUAAAGGUUUCUUCUCAUCCCUUCCCAACUCUCUCUUUCUCUCAUAAAUUCACCAUCUCCAUAACCAAAGAUCAUGAGCUUCAUGAUCAUGGUGAUGAUGAUAGUUCCAAUCGUUGAGAUCUAGAGACACACAGCACGAAGCAGUUUGUUUUCUCGGUUACUUGUUUUUUUUUUUUUUUUUUAAGUUUCCCCUCUGGGAUUGGUCUAAUCUUGAAGGGUUUCUAUUGGGUGUUUGGUGGGCUCUUCUUCUUUCUUCUGAAUUCUCUUGCCUUCCAUGGUGUGCUCUGUUUUCUCUGUUUUUGCUCUGUUUUCAGUCCCUUCCUUCACAAAGAACGAUUAAUUGCCAGGUACCCACAAAAUGAUUUUGGUCAUCUCUAUACUUGACUUGCUACUAAAGCUUAUAUAUUUUUCUUUCUAUGGAGAAAUCAUGAUUAGGUUAUCAUAGGUCAAACCUAAGGGUAAUCGGUUCGAGAACCCUUCAUUAGAUAUAAGACUUUGUUUGUAUUUCGAUCCUUUAUAUUGGUGCAGGGUAUGAUAUGAUUGAUUGUGCCUAGGGUUAAUAAUGUUUUCUUUGAUUCAUUUCUCAUUCAUAUGAAAACCCUCCUCCUGUUUCCUCAUCAGGAUGCGUCAGCAAGAGCAAUAUGACCUGUAAGAAGGAAGCAUAGUUGGAUUCUCCCACCAUUUUGGAGACUAAACAAGAGAAUAACAAAGUGGAAGCAGCUAGCUAGCUAGCUUUCAGAUGAUGGCUACAUACUAUUCAACAAUCAGCAGCAGUCCAACGGACAACUUGCAGACACAAACUUCAUCAUCGUGUCAAUUGGAAACCAAUCUCCCUAAUAAUUCCCACCUCAACACCAUCUCCAUUUGUUCAUACUCGGACAUCCUCUCCGGAACCACCACCUCUCUAUCUCCCCACCAACCCCACCACCACCACCACCACGCCGAUGAAUUCUCAAACUCACAAUUCGGGACGACACGCAACAACAACGAGAUGAUGUUCAUCCCGCCCAUGAGCAGCGAGACUCCACAAGAUUUGCAUCCACACGACGUGGAUGCAAAUCUGGCCGCGGCGGCGGAGGAGCACCACGCGGGGUUCCACAUCCAAGGUGGGCUCUCUCUGAGCCUCGGAACCCAAAUGGACGGUGGCGAGGUCCCCUCGUUUCAUCACUAUCAGUACUCGGUCUCGGAGCCGACAGAGGAGUUGAUCAUGCCUGCUUCGUUGGGGAAAUGGAACAACCACGGAGGAGAGAAUGUGAUUAAGAUGGAAGGAGGUGGUGGUUCGAUGAAUAAUCCUACCGAUCAUUUCCUGCAAGGGAGCGAGAACAAUAACGCCGUUGAGGUUUAUGAGACAUUAGGGUAUGCAAAUGUUUCGUUGUUGAAUUCUAGGUACCUCAAGGCGACACACGAGUUGUUGGACGAGGUUGUUAAUGUGAAGUAUGCUCUGGCGGCAAGGGGUGACCAAGGGAAUAAAUGUUCGGAUGAGAAUAAGGAGGGAAACGAUGGGGUCGCAUCGGGUGAGUCAGGUGGUGGCAACUCGUCAUCGCUCGAUUUGUCACCAUCCGAGAAACAGGAUUUGCAGAGUAAAAAGAGCAAGCUUGUGUCCAUGAUCGAUGAGGUGGACAGGAGGUACAAGCAGUACUACCACCAAAUGCAAGCUCUGGUCUCAUCCCUAGACAUGGUCGCCGGCAACGGCGCCGCUAAAUCAUACACAGCCCUCGCACUGCAGACGAUCUCCCGCAGAUUCCGGUGCCUUCGCGACGCGAUCGGAAGCCAAAUAGACGCCAUCAGGAAGAAGCUAGGCGAGCCAGAAGCCUCCCCCAACGGCAGCUGCAUCCCGCGGCUCCGGUACGUGGAGCAGCAGCUUCGGCAGCAGCGAGCGCUUCAGCAGCUCGGCGUCAUGCGCCACGCUUGGCGGCCUCAGAGGGGCCUCCCGGAGAACUCCGUCUCAGUUCUCCGGGCCUGGCUCUUCGAACACUUCCUCCACCCGUAUCCAAAUGAUUCGGAGAAGCUAAUGCUAGCAAAGCAGACAGGGUUGAGUAGAAAUCAGGUGGCCAAUUGGUUUAUAAACGCCAGAGUGCGGCUAUGGAAGCCAAUGGUGGAGGAAAUGUACAAAGAAGAGUGCGGUGGAUCCGGCGACUCAGACGCCAACUCCAAGUCAUCAAACGACGAAGCCAACAGAAUCCACGGCGGCGGUGUUGCCGUGGAUCACAAUCAACUACACCUUCAUCACCAUCAUUUAGUAGUAGACGAACACGAUCUCCAAGACACCGCAGUAACUCCGUCACCAUCAUUAGCCACCGAUCACCACCACUUCCUCCACCACCACGGUUCUUCUUCCAUCAUCAGUUUCCACCAGGGGACGACAACACAGCCGCGGCAGCGAUCGGAGAUCGACCUGGACCACCAUGGGUUGCAGCAUUAUGUGGUGGCGGAACAGAGUACUCUGCCUCUCAACCUAAAUGCAGGGGACGGCAGCUUGAUGUCUGCCGCCGUCCAAUACGGCGGCGUCUCGGAGAUGAACGCUGGACUGCUCCCCCACCACCAUGUAUCUCUGGCGUUGGGAUUGCAACACAAUGAAACCGACGGCGGCGGUGAUGAGUUGGUGGAUUACCAUGAUUGCUUGGAUGGCAAGGCACAGGACCAACAUCACAGGUUUGGAAACACGGUGCAUCUGUUGCACGAUUUUGUAGUGUCCAAGAACCCUUGCUUCUAGCUCAAGGUAACGCAAGUUGUUAGGGGGGAUUUUUGUGGGGGAUUGUGUGGAUAUAGAUGCACAAGAUUUGAAGGGCGGGGAUGAUCGUUUUAAAUUUCUUCGUUCUUUUGGCUUCAACUUUUGUGUACAUACAUGUAAUGGUGCUAUGAUAUGUUCAUGUAUGUUUCUUUCCCACCAUGACUUGUAACAUAUAGGAAUAGAUUGGAGGAAGAGUAUAGUUGAAGCCGGGUAUACUUGUAAAGAUGGGGAACAAAGGGGGGAAAUGUAGAACAUGGGGCUUGUGAUCUAUUGUAGUUUUUGUUGUUGAAAUAAGGCAAUUUUGUGUAAAAAUUGUUGAAGAUUUCAAGGUUGUGAAUGAUGAUAAGUUUUCCAGGUGUACUGGAGUAAUGAAUACAUUGAGCAAGG